UUGGACAGUACAGGGUUACAAUGCAAAAUGAAUAUUUAAAUACAGUAUAGUUUACAGUAAGUGCAAAUUAUACCACUAAAGUACAAUAUGAAAUAAGAUGCAACAAGUUAUACCUACAAUUACAUAAUAAUAGUGCAAGGAUAGUGCAUCAGCUGAGGAUCCAGUAACAUGGUGCAUAGGUCAUGCUAAUAUAGUAUGUAGUAGGAGGAUCAAGAGAUCUACAAGUGCAGUCUAAACAGCAAUGAACAAUGACAAUAGUUGACAAACCAAGAGAGACUUCUGAGUCUGGUCAGUCUGAGCCCUCUGGCUCCCUGACCCCCUCCUCCUCUGGAGACAUGGACUCAAGCUCAGCGAGUUGGGGCACUGUAUCUUCUGCCUUGGACGCCCCUAAAAGCAAAGCCUCUUCUGUAGGACCGACCCCGGGAGCUGCUGUUUAUUCCAGUAGUACAGCACCUGGGCAAGAGAAACCAAAACCCACCAUACACAAGGAUCAAAGCGGCGGAGAUGGGAUCGCUUCUCCACAGAAAGUUCUGUUUCCAGUGGAGAAACUCUGUCUAAAGUGGCAUCAGAUGCAUCGGAUUGGAGCGGGACUCCAAAAUCUGGGCAACACUUGCUUCUUGAACUCGGCUCUGCAGUGUCUCACCUACACAGCCCCCCUCGCCAGCUACAUGCUGUCCCGUGAGCACUCCAAAACAUGCCACGAGGCUGGAUUCUGUAUGAUGUGCACAAUGCAGAAUCAUAUCACCCAGGCCUUUGCCAACUCUGGAAAUGUCAUAAAGCCCAUGUCUGUCAUAAAUGACCUAAAACGUAUCGCCAAACAUUUUAGAUUUGGGAGCCAAGAGGAUGCACAUGAAUUUCUCCGCUACACUAUUGAUGCUAUGCAAAAAUCAUGCCUCCCUGGAAACAAGUUGGACAGACAAACACAGGCCACCACAUUAAUACAUCAGAUCUUUGGGGGCUAUUUGCGGUCCAGAGUAAAAUGUCUGAAUUGCAAAGCGGUUUCUGACACCUUUGAUCCAUACCUGGAUGUUGCUUUGGAUAUUAAGACUGCGCAAAGCAUCACCAAAGCACUUGAACAGUUUGUAAAACCUGAACAGCUGGAUGGAGAAAAUGCUUACAAAUGCACCAAGUGCAAGAAAAUGGUUCCAGCAUCAAAAAGGUUUACAAUACACCGGGGAUCCAAUGUGCUUACCAUCUCCUUGAAGCGCUUUGCCAACUACAAUGGGGGCAAGAUCACAAAGGAUGUGAGGUAUCCAGAAUUUCUGGAUAUUCGUCCGUUCAUGUCACAGUACAAUGGGGAACCAAUUCUAUAUGGCCUGUAUGCAGUUUUAGUGCAUUCUGGGUUUAGCUGCCAUGCUGGACACUACUAUUGUUACAUAAAGGCCAGUAAUGGACAGUGGUACCAGAUGAACGAUUCUAUAGUAUCCACUAGCGACAUCCGGUCAGUACUCAAUCAGCAGGCUUAUGUACUGUUUUACAUCAGGUCUCCAGAUAUGAAGAACGGAGGAGAUUAUAAUCAUUCCGCACGCCCCCCAGGACAGUCCUCCCCUCGUCCCAUAGUGAGUCAGCGCCUGGGUGGCACCAAGCAGCAGACAACAGGCUUCAUUGGACCGCAGCUCCCCCCUCACAUGACUAAGAGUUCCAACCACAUCAAUGGAAACGGCUCCAUGAAGGAGGUUCCCUGCAGUUCCAAGGCGAGUGCCAGCAACACUGGUAUAAACAGGAUGGGGUCAAGCCAGCCUUCCACUUCUUUCAAGAACCGCGCACUCAACAGGCCAACCAUUAUCCCAGAACCCGCUAAAAGGCCAAAGCUGACCUUCCAGAUUGGACAGAGCAAGUUAGCACGUCCUUCCCAUUCCCAGCCCAACUUUCACAGCAGCCCCCUGGACAACCUGUACAAACCCAGCACUUCCACAUCCACCGUCACCUACUCAUCCAUCGCGUCCUCCUCUUCCUCUACUGCACAGUCUACCUCCGGAGCACCCAGCUGUACGGCUCCUGGCACAGUACCGCGAGCCGAUACACCCCCUGAGCCCCCUCGUUCCAGGGUGAAUGGCGCUCCUAAGCAUAGCGCCAGCUGCCUCGUUCCGUAUGCAGAGGAAUCCUCGGAAGAAUCGGACGAGGAACCCGGUCCAGUUACAGAGAAUGGGCAUGCAAAGCCCCUCAAUGGAACUGUUAACGGAAAUAGAUUGGGCACAUUCCCGACCUCAAGUGCUACUCGUCCACAUCCAGACCUCGGAAAAAAUCGUUUGGGUGUACCUCAUUGCAAGGCAGAGUUGAACGGCCUGACCACUAUGGCAGUGGAGUCUGAAGAUACAAGGCUCAAGGUUGAAACAGUGAGCUGCCCAUUGAAGCAUAGUAAACCCAUUCAGAAUGGCUUGCUAAAAACCAACGGUUUUAAACACAGUGAUAAGCUACCUUCUGAUGCUUCUAACACACUGGAAAGCAUUGGUACCAGUCCUACAAAUGGACCAGAACCCACUAAAAGGCAAAAGCUAACUUCUCAUCUUGAACAGAGUGAAGAAGAAAAAAGUCCUCGUUUGCCCUCAAGGGGGACAACUUUUCCAGCAGCUGCUACUGUUGUCAAUCCCUGUGUGGACAGGGUUCAAAAUCUGGAAAGUUGUUCACCUGCCUCUCGUGUAGAUGCAGUCAGGUCUCCAGCCCCUGAACUGUGUGAUAAAACUCUUCUUGUUCAAGAAGAAAGGGCUGGCAAUACUACCAUGAACAGCAAAAUCUUUCCCCUUGACCCUGGCGUUCCUGCGAAUUGUAAUACUGAUAACAAACCAAACCCUAAUAGGGAAACUCAAAUGUUCCAGAUAAAGAGUGAAAGUAAGCAACCUCCAGAAGAGGUUCCGAUGACCCUCAAACAAUCUGUUGCAAGUACAGAGGAUCCUGUCCAGCUUCAAACGAGGCAUUCAGAUAACUUCACUGGCUUGAAAAGUCCUGUUAGCUGUGAAAAUGUUGGCAAACAUGUGAUCUUAAACACUACUAAUUCUAAUAUAUCUCCUGUUAGGGACAAAGCCAAGGAUCAGAUGAAGACAUGUCUUGAGACUAUAAAGGAAGAAAGUCAAGAAGCCAUAUUAGAAUGCAGACAGUCCCCAGGGAAAGACAGGUGUGCUGAUAACAGGAAGCUGACAUCUCGGACAUAUGAACAGCCGAGUACCUCAGCUCAGUCUGGUAGCAAGGAAGCAGAAAGGGAGGAGAGAAGCAAAAUCACAGAAGUCCAUUCGCGUAGCACAGAGGAAGACAAACCUAGAAUAUCUGACAGGGAAAAUCAUAUAAACAAAUCAUCCUGUCUUUAUAACGAGAGAUAUAGUCAAGAUAAACGUAAGCUUUCUGAGAAGCACAGGUAUCAUGAUGCUCGAUCUAGAAGUAGGGAAAGAACUAACCACAAAAAGAGUAGGCUGCACGAUAAAGAUUAUUAUCCCCGUAAACAUCGAUCCCGUAGCAGAGAUAGGUCCCGUAGUAGGGAUGGGUAUUAUAGAGACAGAGAAAAGGGCUGGAGGUGGGAAAGACACACUUACCACAGCAGGGACUCUUACUACAGGUCCAAAGAGGACCUGGACUGGAGGUUCCCUCAAAGCGAUAGAGAUUAUGAGAAGUCAUCCAGUCACUAUAACAGGGACUGGCUUCACAAGGAAGAGCCUUACUCCAAGCCUCGAUGGGUGGACAGAACUACAAGCAAAGAGAACUGCUAUGAAGACUUUGGUAAACAGCCCCAUGAUUACAAUAGGGGCAGAUUAGAUUCCAACCAUGUACCACCUUCCUCCUCCUCCUCCCACUAUUCCGAGCAUGUCAAGGACAAACGCACCUCGGGCUCUAGUGGGAAGAGCUCAGAACACAAUAGCGAGCGUCCAAGACACGAGAGCAGACGGCACUACAACGACCAUGACACUGAGGAUAGCGGCUUGGAGAGGAAGCGGAGGAGACAGCCGCGGGACGAGUCUUCAGAGGAGAGGAAACACAAAAAGUCAAAAAAGAAAAAGAAGUCCAAAGAUAAAUACAGAGACAGGGACCACAGAAGUCACCAGGAUUCUUCUGAAGCAAACUCUGACAGUGAUUCAUUGAAACACAAGAAAAAGAAGAAAAAGAAAAAACACAGGAGAGAUGAUUCGGAUCAGGAGAAAACCCAGCACUCCCAGUACAGGAAGCAGGACUCCAGGUCUGGGGAUGAGUCAGACAGCAGCAGCAACAAGGCAUCCAAGAGCAACAACUUCAAAGGAAUGGACGGCAGGAGAGACGGUCAGAAACCGUAUUCAGAGGAGAAGGAAGAACUAUCCCAUAAAGAAAAGAAUUCCCGAACUGAGAGUGACCAUUACAUAAGCAGUGAACAUCACAGAGGUUACAGGUCCCCUAGAUCAGAUGCUGAAAUGAACAGGUAUCCAUUAAAUGGAGUUGACUUGGAAGCAAAGAAAAAAUCUGAAAAUGGAGCAUACUGUCAAUCUUCUCUCAGUCUGGAGAUUGAAACAGAACAGGUAGUCACUCUGGAUGCAAGGAGAACAGAAUGCAGUCUGAAAAUGAUUCCUCUUACAGAGACACGGCCAGGUGCAAAGUGAGCGACAAAACAUCUGACAUAGAGGAAACUGCUCACUGAUGUGUCAGUCUGAAUGAUCCAGUCUUUUUUAUUAUUAUUUUUUAAACUGAAAAGACAGUUGGGAACUGUCAGUUCUACACUACAACAGGCCUUGCACAGCAUAUUUCAUCUAUCUAACAAAACGUGUCAAAUUAAGUUGUUGUGUUUUUCUUUUUUUGAGCUGGCAGAGACUACAAGUUUAAAUGGAUAAAUGGUGAGAUCAGUCUACCUUUCUUUUUUUUAAGCUUUGCAGUGUCACAGAAGCCAUCCCGACAUAGCGUACAUAUUUAAAGACUGACUAAUGGAUCGGAUCCUUAAAGCGGUGCUUUUAAUCCUUGGAAAUACUGCACUGACUUACCCCAGAAGAAUUUUACAACUGUAUCUUUGGGACUUAUUUUUAAUUUACACUUUAGUGGUGUUAAAUUCAUUUUCAUACUUGGAACACUGUAAAAUUUAAAUAGGAUUACUGUAUUGUGUAUAAAAGAAUGAUGCCCUGGAAUUUAACAUCUCAAUUGCUGCUCAACUACAGACUCAGGAUUAAUUUCUACUUGUGUUUAAAUGUAUAAGAAAAGGAGAAUGAAAAGAAACCACAAUCUUCAUUGUGGAAUUGUUGAAACAAUGCUUUGUUUCAUUACACGAAGUAUCCAAACAAAUGUAACUUGUGGCAGUAAUCCCUUAAAGAAAAUUGUUAUAGGUCAGUCGAGAUAUUUUUCUGUCUAGAUCUUGAACUAGAGACUAAUCUGGUUGGGUGCUUUGUUUCGCCGAAAUAACAAACCUUUUUGAUCUUAGCAGUUCGAGAAAAUCUAACUAGUUUCACGUUUUCUAAUUAAAAAAAAUAUAUAUAUAUAUAUGUUACCAAUAAUGUUAUACAAAUGACUAAAAUAAUCAUGCAUUACAUUUUUAUUUGUUCACGCACACUUUUAAAAUGGAAUGGGUGUAUGUGGUAAUGCUGUGGGAUUUCUGUUGGUAGGUUUAUUAAAACUCCAUAUUUAAGUUUAUAGUUGCAGAUAAAAAUGAUACUGUGAAUUUAUUUUCAGAAUACUACCAUACUGUAUUGAGUUAUGUUUUACUAUAAAAUGGUCCUGUAUCAGGAAAAACAGAUUUUUUUUUAUUAUUCAACAAUAUGGUUCACAGCUGUACUACAGUGUGCUUAUUUAAAUGGGUCUGAUUAGCCUAUUUUCUAGUUGUAAAGAAAAAAAAAUCACCUUCUACCCUUUAUUGUACUGUAGCAUGUAACAUUUAUAUAAAAUGUAAAAUAUAUAUAUAUAUAAACUUAAUGCACAGUAGUGUUACUGGUUCAAAUCACAUGCUCCUACCAGAGGAGUUAAUUCUAUAGCUGUUUAACUCAGGGGUGCCAAACACAAAGCCUUGGGCAGUUUGAUCCAGCCCUCCAAAGCAGAGCUUGCCAUGUGUAUUGAUUUGGUUUUAGUGUUGAUCAAGACAGCACUUAAUGUCUUCAGAAAACUUCAUCGAUCACUUAAAGCAUUUUUUAAGGUGAUAGCAAAAAGGCAUUUGUGGCAGAGAAUUGGGUUUGACACCCCUGC